AUUCUCUGGUGUAUUGGGUCACAACUGACUUGAAUCACCAUGAGGACUGAAAUUCUCGCUGUUUUGCUGUUGGUUGCUGUGGCCAGUGCAGAUGUUUCUAAUAAGGCUGAAGAUGGGAAGCGAGGGAUGUGCCUUGACGAGUUUUUGAAAAAGAACCCAGAGCUCAAAGCAAAGGCGGAAGAACAUUUCCAGAAAAUGAGCAAGAAAUGGAAAGAUGCCAAGAAAGGAGAAGGACAUAAGCACCAAGGGAAAGAUGGCAAGGACUGCCCUCGCCACAAAUUGGCAAACUGUACGGCGGAUGCGGACUGCACUAAUAACACCAUAUGCUGCAAAACCCACUGGGGUGCAAUGAAGUGCGUGAAACCAAUAACUUCUGUAAAUGACAUAAAGUGGUUAAACAAGGAUGUCAAAGAAAAGAGCCGGGAUAAAAGAGAAGCUCAAGAGAUUUCUGAUGAUGCCAAUAAUGGGAAGCGAGGGAUGUGCCUAGAUGAGUUUCUGGGGAAGAACCCAGAACUCAAAGAAAAGGCGGAAAAACAUUUCAAGAAAUGGAAAGAUGCCAAAGGUGGAAAAGGGCAUUCUAAGCACCAACAGAAAGGUGACAAAGAUGGAGAAGGGCAUUCUAAGCACAAACGGAAAGGUGACAAGGAUGGAGAAGGACACUCUAAGAAGCACCGCUUUCACCAGUCGCCAAACUGUACGGCGGAUGAGAACUGCACUAAUAACACUUUAUGUUGCAAAACCUGGUCUGGUGCAAUGAAGUGCAAGGAACCAAUAUUCUCUGAAAAGGACAUUAAGUGGCUACACAAGGAUGACAAAGAAAAGAAUGAUGGAAAGCAUCAAGGAAAGAGUAAGGGAAAGGGUAAGGGUAAGGGUAAGGGAAAGGGUAAGGGAAAGGGAAAGCACAAUGGAAAACCUGCAGAAAAACAGACCGCAGAGACUGAUCCACCUGAGAAAUAAAGGAAGGUCAUAACUGCAGACACAAGAAAACUAUAAUUCUACCCUCUUCCUCCUGUACCCCCCCCCCCAUAUCUCCUUCCAACUGUCAGCACAAAGAUUCAGUUUGUGUAAAUGUAGAAACAAAUUACAGCAUUAAAAUGUUAGAACAAGCAAA